GACACCGCUUGCACCCCGCCGACCGGAAAGCAGGGGGCGGUCCCUGCCAUCAACCCGCCGCCGCCGGCCGGCCAAUCAGCGCGCAAGCUUCAUUAAUAGUGAACGUACCGGCCCCGCCCCCUUGCCUCUCGCGGCGCCGCCCGCCCGCGCAGACCCAGAGCGCGGCCGCGGACGAAGAUGGCGACCGCCAUGUACUUGGAGCACUACCUGGACAGUAUCGAGAACCUUCCCUGUGAACUUCAGAGGAACUUCCAGCUGAUGCGAGAGCUGGACCAGAGGACAGAAGACAAGAAGGCAGAGAUCGACGUGCUGGCUGCGGAGUACGUUUCCACGGUGAAGACACUGUCCCCGGAGCAGCGCGUGGCACACCUGCAGCGCAUCCAGGGCGCCUACAGCAGGUGCAAGGAGUACAGCGACGACAAGGUGCAGCUGGCCAUGCAGACCUACGAGAUGGUGGACAAGCACAUUCGAAGGCUCGACGCAGACCUGGCGCGCUUCGAGGCAGACCUCAAGGACAAGAUGGAGGGCAGUGACUUUGAAAGCUCUGGAGGAAGAGGGUUAAAAAAAAGUCGAGGUCAGAAGGAAAAGAAAGGCUCCCGGGGCCGAGGCCGCAGGGCCUCAGAAGAAGACACUCCAAAGAAGAAGAAGCACAAAGGAGGGUCUGAGUUCAACGACACCAUCCUGUCUGUGCAUCCCUCUGACGUGCUGGACAUGCCCGUGGACCCGAACGAGCCCACCUACUGCCUGUGCCACCAGGUGUCCUAUGGGGAGAUGAUAGGCUGUGACAAUCCGGACUGUCCCAUCGAGUGGUUUCACUUCGCCUGUGUGGACCUGACCACGAAACCCAAAGGAAAAUGGUUCUGUCCCCGAUGCGUUCAGGAAAGGAGGAAGAAGAAGUAAGGAAGAGGUCGACGCCUGGGCCAGAAGAGCAAGUUAACACACUCCUUCAUUCACGUUGCAAUAUUUUAUCUUCAUUUUAAAACUACCUUGUUUCGAAUGACAUUUAAUAACUCGAUGGCCAGUUGUAAUUCUGGAUACUUCCUAAAACAAACAAGAACCCACCUGAGCCCUGUUUGCACAGAGGAGCAAUCUCAUUGGGACUUGCCACAGUGACUUUAUUGUUGUGACUUUUCGUACAGACCCCUGCACUGAGCACAGCAGUGCCACGAGGAGUUCGAGGGACUCCAUGGGUAUGUGCGUGGGGAGUGCUGGGUGCAUAUACUGCCAUCACUUUGCAGCUAGAGGUGUGAGCCUCGCGUGGUCUGUAUUCCCUGGGCUGCUCCCUGAGAGCCCAGCACCACUGUAAGCACGUCUGUCCUCACCGAGAGGCGGUGCCGGUGGGCACCCUCCAACCUCAGCUCUGCCUCGCAGUGACUGCCUUUGCCGUCUGGACUGUUUCCCUCCCUGAGGGUUUUGCCUCCUAGGUGAACACUCUGGAGUGGCAGACGGCCGUUGGUAACAUGACCAGCUCCAAUAAGAGCCGGCGUGACAGAUGGGCUGAUGGCUCUGUCUCUCUGGGAUUCCAGACACUUUUACUGUGAAGAUGAAGUGGUUGUAAUAGCAUGAAGAUAGUGGGUCCAGGCUGCUCAGAGACAAUCUUAAAGCUGUUUGUGUUUGCACUGGGUCAGCAGCUUACACUGGGCGGGCAGCAGUGAUGUGACGUGAUUUGUGUGUUUCUUGUGCCGCAGUCGCAGUUCUGCAAUGAAGUUGAGGAACCAGAGUGUACCUCCUGUCUAAUCAGCAUUCACCAAGCUGAUUCUGAGCUGUCUUUUUGAUAAUAGUUGGGGGACAUUACAUACAUUUGGGGUGUUAGGAUUCACUUGUGAUGGUACCUCUGACGUGACUGUCAGGAGCGCCCCUGGACUCUGCGAAGCCCCAUGAUUUGGAGAAGUCAGGAUUCCUGAAGAAAGACGGGAACUGUCUGUCCUCAUGUCCUGGUGCAGCGUGGAAUCGAGAUGUGAAACGCCCAGAAGAAUCGCGUUCUCUUUGUGAGGAAUGAGCCACCUGCUUCCUUCUGAUGGGCUCGUUUACUAUAUCCUUCCCUCCUACUUCCUCAUCUUUCACCCAGGAGAGGAAAUAAGGCAGAGAGGAGCUCGUGAAGCUGUAUCUGGGACACACUGCCCCGCAAAUGAGUUAAUGUUCGGCAAUGACAGCGGGAUGUCAGAGGGCAGCCAGGGUCCAGCUGGAACAUGUGUCUGUGGUUCUCAGCAGGUCUUAGUCCGCAGUGGACGUGUCUGGACUGCUGUCCUUUCUGGAGUGAGCCCAGGGAGUGGAACUUGUUCCCAGAUAACUGCGGGGGGCUUAGUUCAGCAUGUGGGACCCUUCCAGUCUUGGGCUGGAUGGUUAGGGUAGGGGCUCAGCAGUCGCUAUGGCCUGUCCCCGGUGGGUCCCCAGGCCUGACGAGCGUUUUCAUAACCGCUGCCUUCUUGCUGCUCAGGAAGGAGGGAUGGGGGCGGCCUCAGAACGAGCACCCGCCAGCACACCCGGUCUCAGCCACGCCGGAAACAAGGCACGCUGCUGGUAUUUAGUAACUUAGUUUAUGUUAACACAGGUGUAAAGAGAUUGUGGGGAAUUAAUUGUGGAAAAAUGUUUUCUUCCCUCUUUAACCAGUUUUUAUGGAGAGGAUAGGUAAGUAUAGUAAGUUUGUGAUGAUUCUGUAGAAACUGAUUUAAUGUUUGCACUUCAUCUGUGAAAACGUCACACCCAUGGUCUCCAUGGAAAAACAGUGGUGUUUAUAGAUGUGGGUUGGUGGACGGUUAGCUGAUCGUCGUCCCCUGGUCACCUGAGGCCUCGUUCAUUUCUCAGGAAAGAUGGCCGACUUAUGUGUCUUAGGCUUUUGUUUAAAGUUCGAUGUCAUCCUGCUUGCCACUGUAACAUCCCAUGUGUCGACCUUUUUUAAGUUUCUGUGCUUGUCUGUUAAUAGUGUGUACUUUUGGCAGUUAGAAUGGUAUCACCAAAAUCACACGCGUGCAGCUCUGAAGGAGACAGAAACCAUGAGCAGAAUCGAAGUUCCCCUCGGACGAUGUUUGCAUGAUGAUCGCACACCUUCCCGACCAUUAAUACCCUCUAGGAGUCAGGACGACUUGAGGGUUGUCUGGCAGGGAGAAAAUGUGCCACCUGGCCUGGCUUCAGCCCAUACUGCUUGCACCACCCAAGCGUUGUUCCACAUGGUCUGGCCGCCCUGUCCAGGGGGUGUGAUUCAGGCCAGACCCCCGUCUGCCAGGCCUCACACCUGAUCCUGGGGCGGUUGUGGACCCAGCCUCAUCCUGGGGGGGAACCCCUCAAUCCUGGGGGUUGAGGGGGUCAGUGUCGGCCCAGCGGUUCCCCUGGCAAUCGUCUGAGCCCAGGCUGCCGGCCCUCUGCGUCUGUGGGCUUUACUUGUAAGAGAAGAAGUGUCAUGUUCCAAGGACAAGCAGAACCAUUUUCCUUGUCCUGAGUGUAUGUCAUCAGCCUCCAGUUCUCCACCUGGAGGACAUAUGCUGCACUAAUAGAAACAGUUCGUUAGCUGAGCCUCCUGCAUCUGUGGCUGUGCUAGUGGAGCUGUUGGCUGGGCAGAGGCCUGAGUGACUGCCCCGACAAUGCAGGCUGGGGUCCCCGGGCAGGUGACCAUCCCCACUGUGCAGGCUGGGGUCCCCGGGCAGGUGACUGUCCCCACUGUGCAGGCUGGGGUCCCCGGGCAGGUGGAUGUGAGACUGAUACAGGCCAGGGCCAGGAGAGCCAGUGGCUUCUGGUCUGCCCCGGGCAGCAAACGCCCAACAUAGCCGUGUGCACCUGUAACAGUGGGGUGUUCUAGGAAGCAUGGGGACAAGUCCAGCUGUGUGUCAGAGCCGUUGCAGACGGCUACACUGCACUGGGCCUCCUGCCCUGUCCCUUGGCAGAGGCUGCUUCAAGCAAUAACGUCCACAGAGCAGCUUCCCCACGUGCCACAGCCAAGGCCUGCCCCAUCGCUGGACAUCUCUGGUCAUUGCAGAGCUAAGGUUUCCUCAAUUUUUAGUGAAUAGCAAUUCCUGUCCUGAGAGGAAUUUUAAAAUGGGAAGUCCAAGAAAAAUGUCCUCAUUCAGGAGACAGUCCUAUGAAGUUUCUUCCUACGUAUGUAUUUUGUGGUGGUCACCCUUACCACAUUUCAUCCAAAAAGAUGAUGCAGCUUUAACAUGAAUGUUACAUUUUAUUUUCAAGGAAUUAUCUAUGUUCCCUUUGUAAAGUAAAGAUAAUAUUGUAAAUCUUUUUAUUAAAUAAUGUAAAGAUGUAUAUCUGUAUUUUUGGAUCAUGUUAUAGAUUAUGGAUAUAUUGUUUAAUAAAU